UAAAUUUUUAUCUUAUUAUUCUUAAAGAUUAUUAAUUAGAAGAAAAUGGUUAACAAAUCAAAAUUUAAGAUUAAAGAUAAAGUCAUAUUUGAUAAGCAUUUUACCCUUAAUAAAAUAGAAAAAAAAAUCAAUAUGUUCAUAUUGCAAAGUAAAAAUGUCUGGUAAUCACUUGUCAAAUUUAGAAAGACACCUGGAAAGAAAUCACAACAAUGAAUAUUUAAAUUAUUUAAAUGAAAAAACCAAAUAUCAGGAAUUGUUAUUGGCAAAAAAACCUAAAAUUAAUAUAGAAACCUUUUUUCCAAAAAAGCAUAUAAGUAUAAAUAUAUCAUCUAAUGAUUUGAUGAGUUCUAUAUUAGAACUUGUUACUGUAAAUGGCCGGCCUUUAUCAAUUAUUGAAGAUUCGGGAUUUCAAAGAAUUAUAAAUCCACUCCUAUCUGGGCUCAAUUUAGUUAUAAACAAAGAAAAUUUAUCCAGAACUAUUAAUAAAACAGCCCAAUCAAUUAGAGACAAAAUAUCGAGAGAGGUAGAAGGAAAAUUAAUAAGUUUAAAAGUUGAUGCAGUUCAACGACUAGAUAGGUCAAUUCUUGGUGUAAAUAUUCAAUUUAUAUCAAAGUCCAUUAUAAAUUUGAGGCUCUUGGAAUUGUAGAGCUGAAAGAGAGAUGUACAGGAGAAUAUAUAAAAGAGAAUAUAUUAAAAACUUUACUAAAAUUUAAAAUUAAUAUUCAACAAAUAUACACAAUUACUUCUGAUAAUGGUUGUAAUUUUUUAAGAGCUAUAAAGCUCCUGCAACCUGAAACUGAUUAUGAUAUAAGGAGUGAAUCAGCAGAUGAGGAAAAUAUGGAUGUAAAUGUAUAUAAAUAUGAUAUUGAUGAUAUACAAAAUACUUUUUUAUCAACUAUUAUAUCCUAUCCGAUUUAUAGUGUACGGUGUGCACACACUUCAGCUGGCACUUCAAGAUGCUAUAAAAUUAUCACCUAUUGUGGAAACCAUUGCAAAAGCUAGGAGCCUAAAUUUAAAAUUAAGACAUCCCACUACCAAAAGUUAUUAAAAAAUAUGAAACUCCCUAAGCCUGUGUUAGAUUGCCACAGAUGGCAUUCAACCCAUGAUAUGUUAGAAAGGCUGAUUUUACUAAAACCCAAUAUCGAAGAUUUUUUUACAGAGCAAUCUGAUUAUUUAUUGACUGAAGAUUGGAAAGAGAUAAUAACGAUUGUUGAAAUUUUAAAACCGCUAAAAAUCGCAACCAAACAAUUCCAAUCUGAACAGUUAACACUGACAGAUUUUUAUGCAGCAUGGUUAAGAUGCUGCAUCGAACUGGAAAAAAAUCCAAACCAUUUUGCUCAAUUACUAUAUUCUUGUCUUAAAAACAGAGAAGAAAGGUUUAUAAAGAACGAAAUUCUCUUAGCUGCCAUAUACCUGGGCCCAAGAUACAAGGUAUUACUUAGUGAUGAUGAUAAGAUUUGUGCGAAAAAACAUCUUGUCAAUUUAUGGAGACGAAUUAAAAGCUUAACAACGCCAAUUUUAUCUGAUGAUAUUAGUUCCGAUGAAGUUAUUGAACAAGAAGAUGAUUUAGAGAAAUUGAUAUAACUUAAAGAAAGGCAGGAGAAAAUAUUUAAAAGAGGGCCAACGAUUGCUGAGAAAAGUAUUGGAACAAUAAUUACUGGAUUUAGCGAUUAUAUAAGAUUAGAUAAGAAGGAAAAUAUUUUGCAUUUUUGGGAGUCUGCUAAGCUGGAACACCCUGAAUUAUAUAUUUUAUCUAAAAUCUUAUUUGCUGUUCCUGCAACCCAAGUUAAUUUUUCAUAUUUUCACAUAUAAAUACAUUUAACAUAGGUUAGCGUUGAAAGAUCUUUUUCACAUUUGAAAUUCAUUCUUUCACCACAUAGAUCGAGGAUGAGUGAACAACUCUUGGAAGAUAUUAUGCUAAUACGUCUAAAUAAAAUUUUUAAAAUUGAUACAUGACUAUAUGCUUUGUAUUUUUAACUAUAUUGGCCUAUAAAUAAAAUAAAAAAUUUAUUUUUUAUAUCAAAUUUAUGUCUAGUUUUUUAUUAUGAUUUAAAUAUAGAAUUUUUUUUAUCAACUCAAAAAUUCUUGAACCCGAACCGAACCCGAACCAAACCCGGGUUCAAAAAUAUUUCCCUGAACCGAACCCGAACCGAACCCGAACUUUUUUUUUAUACCCCGAACCGAACCCGAACCGAACCCGGUCUAAAAUUUUGUCGGGUUCGCA